CAGUGCCGCCAGUGGUUCCAAAAGUCGCCAUCCAACCGAUCGUACAAAACGUGAAACGAAGAAUCACAGACGGCAUAACGAACAUAUUUCCGAAAGAAGAGAGUUUACAUAAAAAUGAAGUACAUUCUGAUUACCGGUGGUGUAAUUAGUGGUGUUGGAAAAGGCGUAAUUUCGAGUUCUUUUGGUGCCAUUCUGAAGUGCUGCGGAAUUGAAGUCACAUCCAUUAAAAUUGACCCAUACAUCAAUAUAGACGCUGGGACGUUUUCUCCAUACGAGCACGGUGAAGUGUAUGUUUUGGACGAUGGUGGUGAGGUCGAUCUUGAUCUCGGGAACUACGAACGGUUCUUAAAUAUCACAUUACAUCGUGAUAAUAACAUUACAACGGGUAAAAUUUAUCAGGCCGUCAUAGAAAAAGAAAGACAUGGUGACUACUUGGGAAAAACUGUUCAAGUCGUGCCGCACAUUACGGAUGCCAUUCAAGAAUGGGUAGUACGAGUAGCGAAAAUUCCCGUUUCGGAAUCUGGAAAAAUACCGGAAGUGUGCAUAAUAGAAUUGGGAGGGACUAUAGGAGACAUAGAAAGUAUGGCAUUUGUUGAAGCUUUUAGACAAUUUCAGUUUCGCGUAAAACGCGAAAACUUUUGUGUGGCACACGUUUCUUUAGUACCACAGCCACGUACUACCGGUGAACAUAAAACUAAACCUACGCAAUCAUCUGUUAGAGAACUUCGAGGUUUAGGACUAUCGGCGGACAUAAUCGUUUGCAGAUCCGAAAAACCAAUAGGUCAAGAUGUAAAAGACAAAAUUUCAAAUUUUUGUCAUGUUGAACCAGAACAGAUAAUUAGCAUUCCUGAUUUGCGUUCAAUUUAUGAAGUUCCUGUGUUUAUGGAAUCGCAUGGAAUUGCUGAGUAUUUAUGCAAAAGAUUAGAUUUAGGCGUGAAACCCCUACCUCCAAUGAGAAAAUAUAUGAAACAAUGGAUCGAGCUCACAGAACGUAUUGAGCAUCUGAAGUAUGAAGUAAAUGUUGCGCUAGUAGGGAAGUAUACGAGGUUGGAAGACUCUUAUACUUCAAUUACAAAAGCGUUGCAGCAUGCUGCAAACAAAAUUGGGUAUAAGAUGAACAUCAAGUUCAUUGAAGCUUCCAAUUUAGAAAAAGCGAUGUUGACCGAAGACCCAGCAGCUUACCACGAUGCUUGGCAUCAGCUUUGUAAAUGCGACUGUGUAGUUGUUCCUGGUGGUUUUGGUAAACGAGGUGUAGAAGGCAAGAUUGAAGCUUGCAAAUGGUGUAGAAUGAACAAUAAACCAUUUUUGGGUAUCUGCUUGGGCUUCCAAACUGCUGUGAUUGAAUUUGCUAGAAAUGUUCUUAAUUUAAACGAUGCGAAUUCGGCGGAAUGUAAAGAAAAUUUAGAGCACCCUGUAAUAAUAGACAUGCCAGAACAUAAUACAGGGGAUAUGGGGGGAACAAUGAGACUAGGAAAACGGACUACUGUUUUUAAACCCAAUGUACAAAGCAGGAUUAAACGUCUUUACGGAAAUAAAGAACAAAUAGAAGAACGGCACCGGCACCGGUAUGAGGUGAACCCAAAAUACAUUGAAGACCUUGAAAAAAAUGGAUUAAAAUUUGUUGGAGUAGAUAUAGACGCAGAACGUAUGGAAAUCCUUGAAUUGCCUUCUCAUCCGUAUUACGUAGCAGUUCAGUUCCACCCAGAGUAUUUGUCAAGACCCAUGGACCCCUCACCGCCGUUUAUGGGUCUUAUCUUGGCAGCAAAAGAUAGGCUGAAUUCUUAUUUUGCCAGAGGUUGUAAAUUAUCUCCACGAGAACCUCAAUCUGAUUAUUAUGAUUCCGAUGACGAUUUGGAUCAUCUAACGUUAAAACAAGCAACCCUCUAUUCCACAGAUGAAACAGACGGUAGCAGCACUUAAACAGUACAUAGUACUACAUUCCAGUUUCUGUCAUUAUUAUAAAGUCGUUUGCAAUAUGUUAAUACUAAGAUUUCGAACAUUUAAACUUGAUUUUAAAUAAGACUGAAAAUUUCUGAAUUCAAUAACUGUGCCACUGCAAUGUGUUUCAAAACACAUAUAUCUUGAUACAAAGCUUCAGCAUAAAUUGUUCUAGUUCUGCUUGUAUUUUCGUUCGUAUUUAAAAUUAUACAUACACACGUCUUAGUUAAAAUUAAGUCGUUUAAAACUUUAUAGAUUUAUAAAAUUUGUUCAUUGCCGCAAUUUUUUAGUUUAUUUUUGUAAAUUCAAAAAUCUGAAAAUAUAUAUUUUUGCUUCA